AUGGAGUGGAAGAAACAUGAGUUGAGGGAAGGAGUCAAUCACCAGUUGGAUGGACAGAUAUCACACCCAGAGACUCAGCUUGGUGGUGUUCAGGACUCCGAAGCUCUGGUCCAUAUAGAUUUUCCAGAUGGAAGUGCCCUCAAGAGGGAGAGAGACUCUUCCAUGUUUUACAAGACCCCUUCCGAGAGAAAAGAGUUGGCUCAGAGUGGAUUGAACUCUACUACCCAUAGUUGGCUGGCAACAAAGAAGAAGAACAUGUCAAUGUCUGGAAGACCUAGUCAUCACUACCAGGGUGGUAGUGGCACAUCUCGUAGAUGCAGAAAAGCCUCUGGAGAGAAACUGUAUGGAGAACGCUUCACAGAGGGAAGCCAUUCUAAGCACCCAACCAGAAAUGGACAGUCAUCUUGGAAGACUGAUAUUUAUUCCAAAGGCUAUUCCUCCUUGCCAAGCAAGGGCAGAAUAAAACAGCAGAGGAAUCAACCAGGUGAUCUGCACACCCCUCCAUACUGUGGCAUGACUUCCACUUCUUGCCUUUCCAAUGUGCCCAGCCAGUCAGAGGAUUACAGCCCCAGGUCUCCAAAGGAUGCAUGUACUGAAAUGCUGUCCAUCACACAAUAUCCUGAGGAAGGAGGGAGCAACUCCCAAUGCUUGGAUACUACAACACAGGCCAGAACAAGAGUUCUUGAACAUAGAAAACCUGGGAUCCAGCAACAAGGCCCAGACAUUUCUUUGUCAAGGAAUGUACCCACCACCAAAAGAAUGUGGAAACAUAGAAGCGAUAGAGAGGAACCCAACCAGUAUUGGAUAGCUCAGAGGGGGCACACUCAACAGAGCACCACCCCUAGGACCUCCAGAAGGCUAGAUAAAGCCACCCAAUGGUCUUCCACUGACAAAGUCUACCUGAAAGAACAUGAAGCAGCCCUUGGUCUGCACCACAAUGCUGAGAGGUCGAAGUUGGAAGACGUCUGGCAACCAAUCUCUUUAUCAGCCCUUCACCCUUCCUGUGGAAUUCCUCAUCAUGGGCAGAGGGAAGGUGAUUUAGAGACUCCUUCUCCUCUGGCCCACACAACAGCACUUGCCACUGUCUUCCCGCCGACUAAGAACACCACGCAAUUGAUUCUAAAAGGUCAGGAUAGGAGCCUGGGGGUUGUGGGGACAUUAGAAGCUAAGAUGGUGGUUGACCACAGAGUGGACAUGUACCCUCCAAGGGGUGUGAGCCUCAGAACCUUGAGUGAAGAAAUCCUGGAUGCAGAAGCACCUUUAGAGUCUUUUGCCAUUGGCACUGCCAAUCCAUGUUUUGCAGAAGGUAAAGAGGAUGGUGUUGGCUCAUCUUCCAAAGCAACAGAUCUGAAUUCCUGCUAUGACACUCCUAUCGGCCUCCUCUUCACGAUAGAUGAGAAUCUGUGGCUGCUGGAGCUUCCUACGUCUGAUAAGAGCUGCAGCAACAUGAUUUAUUCAAGCUUUCAAGGGGGUGGAUAUGAAGAGGCCGAAACUGUCACAUCAAGCUGCCCUUUGGUUCAGAAAAUGUGCCAGAUCAAUUUCCCCCUUCUGGCUGAAGAGGAAAACACAAGCUUGCCAGGUGAGCAUACGGAGGCUGACUCAGCUGAUAUGAGGGAAGACUAUGUGGUUGCCUAUGAAAGCCCUUCAGGAAAUGUUGGGGAGCAAGAAGGCUGCUUAAAGACUGAACUUGAUGCCAAGUCUAAGAAGUAGCCCAGUGGGUUCCCCCACCCACUCACUUGCUACCAAAGUAAAACUUUGUCGAAGGUGAUGAGGCUGCAAUCUCUUCCCUCAAUGGAAGUUGGUUCCAUUUUUCAAAAAGGAAUGGAUGAAUGCGUCAAUUUCACUGUGCUCAGUUUCUCAUUCCACCAACACUCGGUAUUUUAAGCUCACAUCUAUGACACUGCAAUUUAGAGUUCAAAACAUCCCUCAAAAAUUUGAACAUUUUUUUAUUUUAUUGCCGUCAUUUUUUUUUGUCCAAAUAAAAUAAUAAAUAAAAACCCAACCAUCUCUACAGUCUGAAAAAGUUCUUCAAGAUCAAAGUUUUCUGUUUGUGAUAUAGGGGUAUAAAUUGAUAAACGCUCCUUAUAUAAAUCAUCACCCUCCCAUAUAUUUGGAAACAAUACAGAUAACUUGCAACUUAGGCACAUUUAAUUUGUGAACAUUCAGCUUUAAACACUUGGCAAUUAAAAAAAUAAGAUAAAUUAAGACGGGGUGGAAAGGGGGCAGGUGUAAUGGGGGGGGGAACGUCGGUAAUCCUACCUGCCAUUGAACCCAAUGUAUUUCGACUAUAUGCAAUUUUGGCUUUAGGCACAAUCCCUGGAACGUAACCCCAGCAUAAGUGGAGAGUCCCCUGUAUAUAAUUUCAUAAACAGAACAAAUUUGCUCAUAUCAUUAAAAUGAUACCCAAGUAAGCCAAGAAUACAUUUCCUUGACAGAACAUUUUGUAGAUAAAUAUUCUUCCUUUUU